AUAAAAGGAAAUAAAUAGGUCUAGAAGUAUGUUGGACUGUUCUGGUUCCUUGUAUAAAAAAGGACUGGCUUUUUGGGGUUUUGCAAACUUUUAAGAUUCUCUGGGAGUAUUUGCUCUGUACAGUGGAUUGUAUGUGUGAAAUAGGCAUCUACUGAGUUAGGGUUUUGUUAAUGUUGUGGAUGGUUCUUACAGGGUAGACUUCUGGGUCUCUUCAGCUGAGCUAGUUGGAUCAGUUUCUUAUCCACCUAAGUGUUGAAGGCAUAGGAGGGAAGGCCCCAGUUGAAGUUUUUCUUGGAUCAGAUGAUGCCUGAAAAAUGGCUUGCAAUUGUGCUUUUGCUCUUAGUUGGCAUGUUUUGCAAUGCAUUAGGUGCAUUUGUGGGGGUAAACAUUGGUACUGAUGUUUCCAACCUACCAUCAGCUUCAGUUUUGGUUGGAAUUCUUAAAGCCCAUCAAAUUACACAUGUGCGGCUUUACGAUGCUGAUGCUCACAUGUUAAAUGCCCUUGCAAACACUGGGAUUGAAGUUGUAGUUGGUGUCACCAAUGAGGAAGUCCUAGGAAUCGGACAAUCUCCAUCGACAGCGGCCACCUGGAUUAAUAGAAAUGUUGCAGCAUAUGUGCCUUCAACCAAUAUAACAGCCAUUGCUGUUGGCAGUGAGGUUCUUACUUCAAUCCCUCAUGCUGCCCCUGUUUUGGUUCCUGCCAUGAAUUACCUCCAUAAAGCCCUAGUUGCGUCAAACCUAAAUUUUCAGAUAAAAGUUUCAGCUCCACAAUCCUUGGAUAUAAUUCCUAGGCCUUUCCCUCCUUCCACUGCCACCUUCAAUUCAACAUGGAACUCUACGAUUUAUCAGAUGCUUCAGUUUUUAAAGAACACAAAUUCCUAUUUUAUGUUGAAUGCCUAUCCUUAUUAUGGAUACACCAAUGGAGAUGGGAUUUUCCCAAUUGAUUAUGCCCUUUUCCGAUCAUUACCCUCAGUCAAGCAGAUUGUUGACCCAAACACUCUUUUCCACUAUGAAAGUAUGCUUGAUGCUAUGGUGGAUGCUGCCUAUUAUUCUGUACAAGCUUUCAAUUUUUCAGUGGUCCCAGUUGUUGUGACAGAAUCUGGCUGGCCAUGGCUUGGUGGAGCCAAUGAACCAGAUGCCACUGUGGAAAAUGCUGAAACCUUCAAUAGUAAUUUGAUUCGGCGGGUUCUAAAUAAUUCAGGUCCACCUAGUCAGCCAGAUAUUCCCAUUAACACAUACAUUUAUGAGUUGCUCAAUGAAGACAAGAGAUCUGGACCAGUUUCAGAGAGAAACUGGGGUGUGUUUUUAACCAAUGGGACUGCUGUUUACCCUCUAAGCUGGAGUACUUCACUGCAAGCGACAGGGAAUUCUUCCACAGUUUUCUGUGUUGCAAAAGAAGGUGCAGAUUCUGAUGAUUUGGAAAAAGGGCUCAACUGGGCUUGUGGGCAAAGUCAGGUUAACUGCACGGCCAUUCAAGAAGGACAGCCAUGUUAUUCCCCAAAUACCUACCAGAACCAUGCUUCUUAUGCCUACAACGAUUAUUAUCAGAAGAUGCGUAGUGGUGGUGGUACCUGUGACUUUAGGGGUACAGCUACGACAACCACAGCUGAUCCCAGUUAUGGAUCUUGUAUCUUUUCAGGAAGCAGUUCUAAUUCAAGCUCCAGUGGAGGAACCUCUCCUUCCUCAGCAUUCGCGCCUGAAAGCCUCUCCAGCAGGAGUCCAACCCUGCAAGUUCCCAGACUUGGGGUUCUGAUCCCAGCAAUGCUCCUCAUACUGAUCUCACUGUAACCUCAUCCACCCAAUUUUGCAGGAACCCCCAUCAGUAUAGGCAGAGAGAGCCCAUGAUUUGAGAUUGAAAUGUGAGCUUAUUUUUUCGGGUCAGAAGAUUGCAGUAUUGCAGUGCAGUGAAGUCACAAGGGAAAUGCAGAAGUCAAGCAAUCCAACAUUGGUUGAAAUAUCUUUGUAUUAAUGUAUUCAUCAUUCUGUUUUUUAUGAGUCUAGUUUGGAUUUUGAGUCUCCUUUUUCCUUAACCACCUCUGUUUUCUUUGUGUUGGUGGUUCCACCUUGAUUUGUACUCAUGAACAGUAACUGGAGCUUAUUUUUCUUAUCUUUUCUAAUGAGAAAAUUUAAUUUUUUUUUU